CUCCCCCAAAAAUCCGAACCUUCACCACACCAAAACAAUAACCAAACCAAACCAAGAGAGAGAAAAUCACUUCCUUUCUAGAGAGAGAAAAAACCAAAGCAGAAAGAACCAAACCAAACUGAUUCUCUCUCUAGUGAGAGAAAGUACUGAAUAAUUUCUAGAGAGAGAAAAAUGGUUCAGGUCGCCAAACGGAAGAAAGGAAGGCCGUCGAAGGCGGAUCUAGCUCGCCGCGCCGCCGAAGCUCAAGCCUCCGCAACGGAAUCCGAUUCCCGCCGUAGUCUCCGCCGCAAGAACGUGAGGUACAACAUAAUCGACUACGACGGCGAUUACAUCGACGACGAGGAAGAUGAGAGGAGAAGAGAGAAGAAGAAGCUCAAAUUGAUGACGAAGCUGCACCAAGGGGAACAAGAGCAAGAAUUGGAAGAUCACGCACCAAUGGAAGAUGAAGAAGAGUGCAAUGAAAUUGAAGGAGAAGUUGAGAAUGAAGAAGAAGAGGAAAAAGAAAAGCAUGAAGAAGACGCUGUGAUAAAGGGAACAAAAGUGGAUUCAAAAGGGCUCCACUCAAUUUCUGUUUCAGGAACUCCGGUGAAUUAUACACAUGGGAUUCCAUUGCCCGAUAGGAAGAUAUUGGAAUUGAUACUCGACAAGCUUCAGAAGAAGGACAUAUAUGGCGUGUUUGCAGAGCCUGUUGAUCCGGAAGAGCUUCCUGAUUAUCACGAUGUGAUUGAGCAUCCCAUGGAUUUCGCCACCGCGAGGAAGAAGUUGGCGACUGGAUCUUAUCCUACCUUAGAACAAUUUGAGAGUGAUAUAUUUUUAAUUUGCUCAAACGCAAUGCAAUAUAAUGCACCGGAGACCGUAUACCACAGACAGGCACGAACAAUACAAGAACUUGGCCGGAAGAAGUUUGAAAAGUUAAGGAUUAAAUUCGAACGUACACAGGUUGAGCCAAAAUCAGAACAGAAAACCCAGUCUAAUUCUUCGGUUAAGAAGUCAUUGAAAAAGCCACCAGGUUGGGCCUCACAAGAAUCUGUUGGCUUUGAUUCAUCCUAUGGAGAUGUACAACCAGCUUCCUAUCCAAUGCAAGGUGGUAGUAGCUGUGAGAGGCCUGGCACCAUUGAUGGUAUUCUGGAGGCAAAUGCUUUCUUUAUUGAUGCAAAUCAAGAUAAAGCUGAAGAUGUUUUGUCAGGGAAGAAUAUUCUCUCUAAGAUGGGAAGGAAGUCAUUUGUGCUUGACGAGAAUCGUCGUGGAUCUUAUAAUAUAUCUAAUCAACUAAUCAAUAGACCAGAUUCAACGUAUAUGACCUUUGAGAGUGGAAUGAGACAGCUGGUCACUGUUGGCGUCCAUGCUGAAUAUUCUUAUACUAGGAGUUUGGCUCGUUUUAGUGCAUCUCUAGGACCUGUUGUUUGGAAAAUUGCUUCCCACAGGAUUCAACAGGCACUUCCCGCCGACUGUAAAUUUGGCCGUGGCUGGGUUGGAGAGUAUGAACCGAUUCCAACCCCAAUAUUUAUGCUCACUAAUCAUCUACAGAAGGAAACUAGUUUGAUUACAAAGUCGCACGGUGAUAAAAAUUGUAAGGACGUGGAGCCCAAAACUGAACAUCCUGUUAAUGGAUGGAUGGUUGAGGGAAAGCAUUUUUCAGGUCCUGCAAGUGGGCCUGCAUUUGAAGGAAAUCCUUCUAUUGGUUCUGCUGGAGUGAAGCCCAAUGCUUCUCCUCCUAACAUCCCAAAUCAGCAGAAUUCCCAUUGUAGGAAUUUAGGCGUACCCGAGAAUAAGAGUUUGAAGAAAGGGGAGCCGGAAUCUUUACCCUCAAGUAAUCAAAAUAAUUCCAGUCUAGUUGCUAAGUUUGGAAGUAAUACUCCUACAACAGAGUCUAAGACCAAAGAGAUGGCGCCUAGGAACUUGAAUACUUUGCCAUCUAAAACUUUCAAGCCAGAUACUAAUGAAGUUGUCAGUGGAGAAUUGCCUGAUGGAAAAGUGAUGAAUACAAGCUUGAAUGAUCGAUCAACUAUUCCAUCAUCAGAUAGUACCUCAAACCAAACAAUCAGAGGAGCUCCUUUUCUUUUCCGUGGGCAGGAGCAGGGUCUCAGUGACUCAGUUAAGUCAAUGAGAAUGUUGACAGAAGAGGCUCAAAAGCCACAGACUUCUCAUCAUUCACCAGUUGAUACUCUUCCGCAAAUACCAUCAGGUCCAUCUGCACAAAGAGAUGCCUCAGGCAAUGCUUCAGCAGCAGCUGCUCAAACAUGGAUGUCUGCAGGGGCAGGACAGUUUAAACUAGGACCCGAGAGUUCUGGUUCAUCCAAAAAGCAGAUUUCUGCAGAUUCUCUUCACAACUCUACAAGAGAGUUCCAUCAGCAUAUUUCACGAAUUCAGGGAGAGUUUCCUUCUGGUGGAACGUCUCUCCAGUCUAAUAAGAACAAUUUUCUAUUUCAUUCACCUAGACCUCAAUCUAGUCACGUAGGUGCCGUUUCACAGGUCCCUAACCGACCUAUGAUUUUCCCUCAAUCAACAUCCGCGGACCAAUCUAGAUUUCAAAUGCAGGCAUCUUGGCAAGGUUCCAGUCCUCAAAGCCAACCAAGGCAGAAACAGGAAACUCUUCCGCCUGACUUGAAUAUUGAUUGUCAAUCUCCAGGCUCACCUGCAAAACAAUCUUCUGGUGUUGUUGAUUCACAGCAACCAGACCUAGCUUUGCAACUAUGAGGACUCAUUUCAUUUGUAUCAUGGUUUGGAUGUUUCGACUGGAAUCGGACUGGUGGGAUUUGCAGCUCCUGUUAUCGGAUGCUGAAUUUUGAUCCUAAAAGGCUUGAUUAAAUGUGAGAAAGCAAAGAGUUUGCCUGAGUUGGGAUUUGGCACAAGAUGGUCCUAAAGCAAAGUGAGUUUGAAAGUUCAGAAAACCUUGGUGGACACGUAUAAAAAUAACUUAACGACUUGCCAUCUCUUCCAAAUCACCGACUCUGGGCAGCAAUAUCCGUGGCCACUCCCCGAAGAUUAAGCCGUAGCAAAACCUUCCCGUCAAUUGAUUAUGAUCAGCAGGUAGAAGGCAAAGACAUGUUGUUGAUGCCUUGUAUAUUGUAUACUAAUUGAUGAAACUCGGUUGCCUAGAUAUUUCUUUCAUUUGAUUUGAUGAUUAGUACUUUGUACUACUGCUACAUCUGUAUUAGAAUUGGUGGUAGUUCAUCAUCAUAAUUAUGUUAUUAAUUUGUACAUUUGAUUUAGAUGUUACUAAUGUAAAACCAUUGUAUGCUUCCUUUGUCUAA